AUGAAGAAGAAACUUCUUAGGGGUGAUGGAGGAAAUGGAGUCAGGCACACCGCUGCAACAUCAGCAUUCAGGCAACAGAGGCAGGUAGAUGAAGAAGCGGCAAGUACCCUCAGCACUGACGUUCAUGGAAGACACAUUGUGACCCCUAUGUGGAGCGCAUCUGCAGGCUCUGAGCGCCAAGGAGCAGAAGGCAAGGAGAAGACAUUAGUGGGGGAUGUGAAAUCCAGUCCUCCACGAAGUGCACCCAAAAACCAGCUCCCUUCUAGAACCAAAAAUGCCCUGCCCAGAUCGAAGCCUGCCCCAGCAGGGCAGUCAAGAAAGGGCAGGCACGCCUCUUACAGAGGGUCCUUCUACCUGGAAUAUUCGCUUCUUGCGGAAUUUACAUUGGUGGUGAAGCAGAAGCUGCCAGGAGUCUAUGUACAGCCAUCUUUCCGCUCGCCAUUAGUGUGGUUUGGAGUAAUAUUCAUUAGGCACGGGCUCUAUCAGGACGGCAUAUUCAAGUUUACGGUGUACAUUCCCGAUAAUUACCCAGAUGGCGACUGUCCACGCCUGCUGUUUGAUAUCCCCGUCUUUCACCCACUAGUGGAUCCCACCUCGGGCGAGCUGGAUGUACAAAGAAAAUUCGCCAAGUGGAUGCGCAACCACAAUCGUAUAUGGCAGGUGUUAAUGUAUGCAAGGAGAGUCUACUACAAGAUCAGCACGAAGAAUCCCCUAAACCCAGACGCUGCAAUGCUGUAUGAAAGAGACAUUCAGCUUUUUAAAGGUAAAGUGGCCGAAAGUGUUAACAUCUGUAUGGCUCAUCUGUUUGACCUGCCGAAGAUAGAAGACCCCUACGCCAUUAGCUUUUCUCCGUGGAACCCUUUUGUACAUGUUGAGGCCAGAGAAAAGAUGCUGACUCCGAAAAAGAAGCGCGAGGAACAGCACAGUAAGAGUGUUCACGUUCCUGGCCUCUCAUGGGUCAAGCCUGGCUCCCUACAGCCUUUCAGUAAAGAAGAGAAAACUGUAGCAACCUAA